CCGGAUUGGAUUGCAGGCACAGGGAUUCACUCGGUCUAUGUUUAGCUCCCCUCAACUCCAAAGUCUGAGUUGCGACACACAUUAUCUGAUGGGAUAUUAUUUUAAGAUUUAAACAUUUACCUUUAAAGGAUGAAGAAUUCAAACACAAGCAAGUGUGUUUUUCAAGAUAACUGAUAGGAGCGCAAAUGCAAGAUUUUUGGAUUUACAAUAAGAAGAAAUUCGACUGUCUUGGCCAAGUAAUGCUGUAAUACUAAAAAAGAAAAGAAAGAUAUAGGACACACCAAUUCAAGGACGCUUGAACAUGUUGCUGCGAAUGAUUUUAUUUUUGGCUCUCUGCAUUGUUUUUAUCCAUGGUAAGUUUACAUUCAUGUGAACCUAUGAAGGCAUGCUGAGGUGAUUAAAAUGAUUUAGAGGACAACGAGAACUUUUAUUUAUAAUGGCAAUACGUUGUAUACUUAUGUAGAUUAUUAACCAAUGGAUACAGCAUAUGUUUCUCAUUUAUUUAUUAAAGCUCAUUAAUAACAUAUCAGGUUAACUAGUCUCCUUCUGCAACUAGAGUGUGUAGGUGUUGGUGUCACCACGGAAGAUCCUGUUUAUCUUCAGUUAACUCAACUACAGGCAAAUGAGUUGUACCAGUUUAACAAUUCAAGUUGGAUUGAACUCAAUGCAUGAACUCAAUGCAAUAAGGUCAACAAACUCAAAAAUAUCUAUGAUUAUUAAGUUCAAUAACCUUGCAUUGUUAAGUACAGCUGGUCAUAAUUUCAAUAUCCAUGAAAAUAAUAUAAAAGUCUAUUCUUAACAAUAUUUACAUUUCAUUGAUACAUUGUAUAUUAUAUAAGAAAUAUUCCUUGUCAAAGAAUUGGGGGUGGGUCCAACUGAUCCAGUGAUCCAACUGAGCAUGCUCAAAAGACUUGCCAGAAGGACAAAGUGGAUGUGCUGAAGUGGACUCCAUGACAGAGGCAGUGGCUGGAAAGACUUUUAUGUUGGGAUGCAUCUCUUGCAAGAGGAGGGAAGAGGUGCCUGGUUCUGCUAUCGUGGACUGGCACUUCAAACCAUCUGAAGAUGAGGAUUUUAUUCAUAUUUUCCAGUAUGAAUAUACUUCCCCCAGCUUUCUUCAUGAAAACUAUGAGGGAAGACUAGAGUGGCAUGGGACUAUGGGGACAACGGAUGUGCAAAAUGGAGCCAUCUUCAUUCACAACGUUACAUUUAACGACACUGGGACCUACCGUUGUACCUUCCACCGCACACUGUUUCUUCCUCCAGAUGAGGAACAUGUGACAAUAAGCAAAGAUGUGGAACUCACCGUUGUGAAAGAGGCCAAACGUGAGCUGACAGCUGUAAUCUCUGAGAUUAUGAUGUAUGUGCUGAUCGUCGUCCUGCAGUUGUGGAUGAUUGCAGUGCUGAUUUACUGUUAUAAAAAGAUCUAUGCUGAGAACGAAGCUCGAGAGGCCAGAAAAGCAGCUGCUCAGAACAAACUCAUCGACGCAAGUGAUCCUUGUGAAGGGGAUCAUUUUGAAUAAUUGAUUGGUGGUGGUGUAGUGGGCUAAAGCACAUAACUGGUAAUCAGAAGGUUGCCGGUUCGAGCCCCACAGCCAUUGCCAUUGUGUCCUUGAGCAAGGCACUUAACUCCAGGCUGCUCCAGGGGAAUUGUCACUGUUAUAAGUGCACUGUAAGUCGCUUUGGAUAAAAGCGUCUGCUAAAUGUAAAUUACAAUUUUGGUUAGUGAAUGUGAAAGUAUCAAAGUCAGUUAUACAAUUAUAUGAAGUAACAGCCCUUUUGAUUGUGUGUCACAAUAGCUUUACUAAUGAGGAAGAUGGGGAUAAGGAGGAUGACUAGUCUUGUGGCCAAUAGAAACCUCAACCAUUUCUGUUGAUAUUUCUACAGUAGCAUAGCAUUUCAUUCUGUCAGCUAAUGCUGAGUAAGUCACAAUGGAAUCAUAAUAGAUAUAACACUGUUUUAACAAAACAUGUUAUAAAAAAUUGAUGCUAUAUAUCUAUACAAACCGAUCAGCCACAACAUUAAAACCACCUGCCUAAUAUUGUGUAGGUCCCCCUCGUGCAGCCAAACAGUGCCAACCCCUCAGAAUAUUCUGAGAUUAUAUUCUUCUCACCACAAUUGUACAUUUUUGAGUGGUUUUCUGAGUUACUGUAGACUUUUAGUUUGAACCAGUUUGGCCAUUCUCUGUUGACCUCUCUCAUCAACAAUACAUUUACAUCCACAACUGCCACUCACUGGAUGUUUUUUGUUUUUGUCACCAUUCUGUGCAAAUUCUAGAGACUGUUGUGCAUGAAAAUCCCAGGAGAUCAGCAGUUACAGAAAUACUCAAACCAGCCCAUUUGGCACCAACAAUCAUCCAUGUGAUUAUCUAAACAGCCAGUCAUGUGGCAGCAGUGCAGUGCAUAAAAUCAUGCAGAUACAGGUCAGGAGCUUCAGUUAAUGUUCACAUCAACCAUCAGAAUGUGGAAAAUUGUGAUCUCAGUUAUUUGGACCAUGGCAUGAUUGUUGGUGCCAGAUGGGCUGGUUUGAGUAUUUCUGUAACUGCUGAUCUCCUGGGUUUUUGACAAAAAACUUCCAGUGAGUGGCAGUUCUGUUGAUGAGAGAGAUCAACAGAGAAUGGUCAGACUGGUUUGAACUGACAAAGUCUACAGUAACUUAGACAACCGCUCUGUACUAUUGUGCUGAGAAAAAUAUCAGGUUGGCGCUGGUUUGGUGGCACGAGGGGGACCUACACAAUCGGUGCAUAUAUUGCAUAUUUUUUUAUAAUUUGGAUAUAUGUAUGUGUAAAGUUGAAUCAGGUAUCAUAAAUAUAAAUAAUUUGAGAGUCUUAAAACUAAUUUCAAAGCUUUAA